GACAAGUGCCAUGAAUGAGUCUGUGGAGCUGCCAACAGAUGGGAAUUCCCUGACCAGAGCUGUCUACCAGAGCCGACUGCACCUCACCAGGCUGUUACUGGAAGGUGGGGCCUACAUCAACGAAAGCAAUGACAGAGGUGAAACCCCUCUAAUGACUGCUUGUAAGACAAAACAUGUGGAUGCCCAAAGUGUCAGCAAGGCAAAGAUGGUUAAAUAUCUACUGGAAAACAAGGCAGAUCCAAACAUACAGGACAAAUCUGGAAAGACAGCUUUGAUGCAUGCUUGUUUAGAAAAAGCAGGGCCUGAGGUGGUCUCUCUGCUACUGAAAAGCAGAGCUGACCCAAGCCUACAAGAUCACUCUAACAACUCUGCACUGGGGUAUGCAAUAAACUCUGAAGACAAAGAAACCGUGGAAGUUCUUCUCAAUGCAUGCAAAGCAAGAAGAAAAGAAGUAAUCAUAAUCACAACAGACAAGUCUCCAUCAGGAAGGCAAACAACAAAACAAUACUUAAACGUGCCUCCUGUGGACCUCAGUGAGCAUUGUUCCCCAGCUGCCUGCACAUCCCCAUCCGAAAUAGAACUGAAAACAUCUUCACCUGCACUUUCAAGCUCAAAUGAAACUAAGAGUACACUCUUCAGCUUUAAGGAUCUGGACCAUCCCAAAAGCACAGACAACCCAUCUCAUUCAGUUUCACUGAGAAAUUCCAGUUCAACAAACGCAAUUUCCAAGCUGGCACAAGUGCAGCAGCUGCAUUCCAAACCUUGGAUAAAGAGCUCUCUGCUGUUUCACCAGAGUAAAAUUGCUUCUUUACAUGGAGAGAUUCAGGAUGUAACUCCAGAAGAGCUCUCUUUGAAAAUCAAUGGCCUUGCCUUAUCAAAGAGGUUCGUUACCAGACACCAAAGUAUUGACAUAAAAGACGCUGCUCAUUUUCUGAAAGCUAUUGAUCAAACUGAAUUGAAGAAAUCAUCAUAUGAUGAGUUAAACUCUCAGACUCUUUAUGGUGAUGAGAAGCUUUUCUCCAGUGGGAUUCCUGUAGGUGAGGAUUCCAGUUUAGGACAGAUCAGCUUAAUUUCAGACCUGAGCAGUAUUUUCCUGAAAAGAAAUUUAGGAGCAAAUCAUUACAGCUCUGAUUCUCAGUUAACUACUAGUCUACAUCCUGCUGCUGCAGAAGACGCUAAGUCAGUAAUAGGAAAGAAAAAGAUCAUCUCUGCAUCUCACUCUUUGUUAUCAAGUUCUAGAGAACUAUUUGAGAGCAUGCCUCCUCUUCCUCUGAGCAGAAGAAUUCAAACUGUUCUAGAACGACGGGGUUCAGGGGCUUUAUUAUUGGAUCACUUUGCUCAGACAAGACCAAGUUUUCUUCCACCGCUGAAUAUGAAACCUCACCCCCCAGUUCCAGAUAUUAGCUUCCUAAAUAAGGUUUCUGGGGUGAUUUCUUAUGGACAAAAACACUUACUACCAGCAGUAGCUGCUUCCUCCAGGGAGAUCAAAAGUAAAAAAACGCUACUAAGGAGGCAGUCAUUGCAAACUGAGAGGAUAAGGCAAUUACUGAAUUUUUAACAGGAGAAAUGAAGGUUUAUAAAAUGCUUACAAUAUGUACGUAAUUGCUUAACUAUUUAACUGUUACACUUCUGAAAAGUUAGCAGGUCUGCAACAAAAGACUUUCUGCCUUGGAGUGAGUUAAAUAUCUUAGAUACUACAUACAAAGGUAGGCUUAACUACCUGUCUAAGUGAUCCUGUUUUCUGUAAAUGGAGGACUAUUUAUUAUAUUGUUUUUCAGAAUAUUUUCAACUUCAGCAUUGAAACCUUACCCACAACAGGCUGAAUCUACAAAGGAUGUUAGGUGCUGCAGUUCUCAUUUUUGGGUUGGAAAUACUAUCCCUGCAAGGUUUCCCCAAAUACAUAGACUCUUUCCCUACCAAAAAUGUUGUACAAGUGGAUUUUGGGAACUUAAAGCAUUUGGCUGUGAUGCUGGACAUCAGGGUGUGGCUCUGGCCAAGCUGUGUGGUAUCCAUAGACCCCGGACACUAACAGUGUCAUGCCUGUGCUACAAGCUUGGACUGCCAGCAACAUCUUCUGGCUCCAGUGGCUUCACUGUAUGUUAACAGGCAAUACAAAGACUAGGCAAAAACUCAGAGUGCUGUUGCAUAUGUAGCUUCACCCAGGAAAUUCCAGACAAAGACUGGGAGCCUGUUGGAGGUGUCUUGCUGCCCAUCAGGAGUCAGCAACACUGACCCUGAGAGCUGGACUUCAGUGCAUGACAUGCGGCUGUGAUCCAGCAUGGAGCCAUGAAGGAGUUCUCUCUCGUCUGGUGUAAAACGACCAAACCCUGCUUGCAGCCUCAGAUAGGUAUGUCAAUCAAUUUGGGUGUAUCAAGCUACUUGAGUGCUGGA